CUCUCGACGUCGCCCGGAUCAUCUUGCUUCGAGGCCAACACACACCACACAACCUCCCCAGCGACUGCGGACAGAAACCUGGACGCAGAUAACCGUUUUUUCAAAUUCCUCUAAAGCAGCAUCCACUCAGCCCUCCGGCGCGGAUCUCUCCGUUCUCACGAGGCGUCGACCGCCUACGAGUUACGCACUCGACCAAACCACGUCCCCAGGGGAGACGUACGCGCCGAAUCCGGACAUACACAUCCCAGCCCCAAACAAUGGCUCAAGGCGGCGUCAAAUCCUCGUCGCGUCCUGCGCCGACGGGCAAGCCCAAGCAGAAGUCGACCAAGAACGCCUCGCGCGUGGCGAAGCCGCAAAAGGCCAAGGCCCACGGCUCCGCGGACAAGUUGCAGAAGAAGCUCGCCGCCGGCCUCGUCAGCCGGACGGAGAAGCUUCUCGGCGAGCGCGCCGGCCAUCUCGAGCUCAUCGGCAAGGGCAAAAAGGCCAAGGGUGCCAAAGACGAGAAGACGCACAAGGGUGGCAGCCGCAAGUACGGCUAAGGCUUGCUCGGCCUUUUCGAUGGGAGCAUGUUACGAUCUGCAUGGGCACGGCUUGAAAGAAUGCUGCGCUUGAUGUAGCAAAGAGGGCCACUGGGCACGACUCGGCAAAGGGCGGUGCUUCCGGGAGUUAUCUCUAUGCUGCCCGAGCCCCCGACCGGGGUGGAUGGGGUUGGAAACUACAGGACGCACAUCCGGGAGUGCGACGAAGCGCCUCGUAGCCGAGGCAGCGCCAUGAAACUCCGCUAGCUUACAUGGGAUUGCGAGGAUCGAGGGUGUUUGACGACUAGAUACCCCCAAAUAAUGCAAAAGCCUGAUGAUUUCUGUUCAAAGACAUGCCCGUGAUGGUGUGGAGGAUCAAGCAUAGGGGUCGGAGUGGCUAGGUCAAGUCAACACUGGGCCAUACGGCGUGGCUUCUAUGCCUGGAUGUUGAUUAUGUACAAAGACCACCCGCAAUCAACUCUCCCCGAUGAAUGUUACCCAAGUGGGAAAUGCGAA